AUGUUGAAAAACUACGAUCAUUUCGAGCGACCAGUGGAGAACAGUUCGAUGGCCUUAGACGUGAAAGUUCGAUUUUUAUUGAAUCAGAUUCUCGACGUGGACGAAAAGAAUCAAGUGAUGUCAAUCCUUGCCUAUAUCGAUUUUCAUUGGAACGAUUACAAACUUCGCUGGGAUCCACGGUUAUACGGUGGUAUCAGAGAUGUGAGGUUUGCUGGUGGGCAGGAUGCACCAUUCAAGCUGUGGAGACCUGAUGUGCUAUUAUUCAACAGUGUGUCAGAAGCGUUCGAUUCGACAUAUUCGUCGCGAUUUAUUGUGAAUUAUGACGGUGAAGUACAACAAAAUCCACCGGGAAUAUUCAGAUUCAUUUGCAAGGUCGACGUCACGUACUAUCCGUUCGACACGCAAACCUGCUUUCUCAAAUUGGGAAGUUGGACGUACAACGGGAAACAGAUCAACCUCGACUUUCUAAUAAUGCCGAUCAUUGAAACAGUGAUAGGUUAUGGUCCAGCACCAAAACUAUGUGGUGUUCUGUUCAACCUGAAUUAA